CAGAAACAACAUGACGUGAACUUCCUGCUUCAUAAAAUCUAUGGGGAUAUCCGUGACUCGAAGCACUAAUGCUUUUCGAUGUUCUUAUUCACAGUAAGGGUUGGGAUACAUUUGUCAGCAAUGCUGCCUACUUCCGCCAAAUUAUGAAUGAGGGAGAAUUUGUUUAUGCCUUGUAUGUUGCGGUCAUCCACUCACCUCUGGCUGAACACGUACUUCCUACUCUCUAUGAGGUUACACCACAUCUCUUCACUAACAACGAAGUCAUUGAAGCAGCUUAUCGUACCAAGCAGACACAAAAACCUGGUAAAUUUAAGUCUAGCUUCACUGGAACUAAGAAGAAUCCUGAACAAAGAGUAGCCUAUUUCGGAGAGGACAUUGGAUUGAACACUCACCACGUCACCUGGCAUAUGGAAUUCCCAUUCUGGUGGGACGAUAAAUACAGCCAUCAUCGGGAUCGCAAAGGAGAGAAUUUCUUCUGGGUACAUCAUCAACUUACUGUUCGCUUUGAUGCUGAACGUCUGUCCAAUUAUUUGGAUCCCGUCGACGAGCAGAAUUCGUUUGUACAGUCCUUGCACAAUACUGCUCACAUUGUACUUGGUCGACAGAGUGAUCCCCAUGGAAAAUAUGAUUUACCCCCUGGUGUGCUAGAACACUUUGAAACUGCUACCCGUGACCCUAGUUUCUUUAGGCUACACAAAUAUAUGGAUAACAUCUUCAAGGAACACAAGGAUAGUCUUCCUCCUUACACUACGGAAGAACUAACAUUUACUGGUAUAAAUGUAGACAAUGUAGCAAUUGAAGGCGAACUAGAGACAUACUUUGAGGACUUCGAAUAUAAUCUCAUUAAUGCCGUCGAUGAUACUGAACAAAUUGAAGAUGUAGAGAUCUCUACUUAUGUGCCUCGUCUCAAUCAUAAGGAUUUUGAUUUCAAAAUUGAUGUUAGCAAUGACAAGGGCGAGGAAGUUCUAGCUACCGUCCGCUACCGAGUUCACCUUCGAUGAGGGCCGUUGGAAUGCUAUUGAACUGGAUAAAUUCUGGGUUAAAUUGUCUGGUGGAGUUAAUCACAUCACCCGCAAAUCCUCAGAAUCUGCUGUCACUGUACCUGAUGUCCCUAGUUUCGCAACUCUCUUUGAGAAGACUAAAGAUGCUUUGGGUGGUGUAGACUCCGGACUUACAGAUUUCGAG